UAUGCGAUCGUGAAACCCACUUCCUCUCUCACAUUUUGACCAAAUUUGUCGCACACAGACUAUAAUAUUACGCCGUCAUGACGCUGUUGCAGCUAUUUGGAUCUAUGUUCAUAGCAUAUGGACCAGCAUUCUCUCUCUUUCUCUUCACCAUUUCUAGAGAACCUCUGAGAAUUAUUGUCAUGAUGGCUGGAAUGUUCUUCUGGCUUUGUUCUCUGCUGACGUCCUCUGUGUUAUGGUUUGCUGUCUGGCCUCUUAAAGGACAGAUCUCAUUUGGAUUGACGUUCUCCAUCUUAUUCCAAGAAUUAUUCCGCUUCAUUUACUACAAAAUUCUGAGAAAAGCUGAAGAUGGAUUACAGCAGUUCAACCAGACCACACCAGAACAAGCACAACAACAAGCUCAGAAUAGCAAUGGAGAUAGCACAUCAGACAAAACCAGACAUGGAUAUGCUUAUGUUGCUGGUCUUGGUUUUGGUACAAUGAGUGGAAUCUUUUCCUUCAUCAACGUGUUAGCAGACUCCAAAGGACCAGGAACCGUUGGUAUCCAUGGUGAUCCCCAUGAUUUCCUUAUUACAUCAGCCUUCUUGACAUCAUGUUUCAUCUUGCUUCACAUCAUGUGGAAUGUUAUCUUUUACUGGGGUUUUGAGACGAGGCGUUAUUGGGCAGUGCUUAUUGUAGUGGCAUCACACUUCCUUGUAUCAGAGCUGACUCUGUUGAACAAGUCUCAGCUGUACAGCGUCACCCUACCCGUUGCCUAUGUUACUCUCGCCGUCAUGACUCUCUUUGCCUUCUUCAUCGCGGGGGGAUCUAGCCGCGGUAUCAAGCAAGCCUUCUCACUCAACCGAUCACGUUAUGCUCUCUAAAUCAACUCAAUGCCUUCUUCCUCCACUUACUAUGUACUUAAUGGUAAGAAAGAAAACUCAUUCCGAUACACUUUGAACAACAUUGGUCCAAUUUUCGUUUCCUUCAUUUAUACAAGUCAUCCAGCAAUGAACAUUUAUUUCACUGGAUAAAUACUUGUUCAAGUAGUCAUCCUUGCCAUGCCUAAUUACUAUCUUGUAUGAUCACAGAAAAAAGAAAAUGCUGAUAGGCUCAAGCCUACUACUUAUAAAACUAAGCAAUAAAGAUAUCUGUUUUAGUCAUUAAAUAUUCUCUUUAUUGAUCAAUGGUUUAUGCUUAGAGUGGGGAUGUAAUUAAUGGAAACAUAGACUAAUUUUGCAUGUUUCCUGCAUGAUAUAGGUCUGUUAUCCCUUUAUCCCGUCCUGAAAUAAAAUAAUAAUCAAUUGAUAUGACCAUUGAGUCAAAUCUCUUUCUGUUUUCACUAUGUAAUGGUCACAAACAAUAGUCAACAAGCAUGUAAUAUAGUCAUUAAGCUAGAACAUUGAAAAAUGUUCCCCUUUUUUCCAGUAUGGUAUUGCCUGAUAAUAUUUCACUUUUUAUUGGAUGACGGUAUGUGACUUCCUAAGUGCAGAUUAAAUUUGAUGGGACAUUUUUGUUUUCAAUGAAUAUAUAAGUAUAACUAGUUACUCAAACUAAAAAACAUAUUCAAACAGAUUAACUUGAGCUGUGAUAUGCUCUUGAUGUAAUUUAGAAGACAAUUGCAUGCGACAAUUCCAGAAAUACUCAGAACUAGUAUAAGAUAAGUUUACAUACUUUGUACCCAGUUACAUUGUGACCAAGCACCACAAAACUACCAAAAAAGUCGGCAGAUACAAUUUUUUUUAAUUUUUUUAAAAAAAAGUUUUAGUUUUAGUCUCUCACUCAAAAGAGGAGAUUCUCAGAUUUAAAAUGAUAUAUGACUAAUCACUAACUCAUUGAAAAAGUGAAGAGACUGUCCAGCCUCAGAGAAAGUUACUUUCAAGUUGUAUAAGGCAUUCAAGCACUCUAACCCACAAGGUUUGUGCGAGGUGACAAAAGGAGGGUUUCAACUCAUACAGAGGAAAAUCUAAUCUUUCAGGAAAUGCUAAAACACAAGUUUUACUUUCCUGACCAAAUGCACCUUUCAAGCUUUAAUUUGAAAUCACACCCUUUUGGUGGUUUUGUGGUGGUCACAUUUAUAGUAGCUUGUAUUUUGUGGCAGAAUUGCCUGUAGGAUUCAGAUACUUUUGAUGAACUCUUUAUUCGAUAUUCGCCAUGGAUUAAAAGUUUAAAUCCCUCGACUACCACAUUGUUUUGAAUAUGUCCUACGUUUGCACUACAUGUGUGACAAAUGUCUAUUGUGGCAGUUCAAUGUGUGCUCCAUUGAUCAAGCAAAGGUGAUAAAGAGUUAAUAUAAUUCUUUUACAAAUCUGUGUUGGGAAAUUAUUGUAUUGUAUUGUUGUAUAUUGGACUGCAUGAAUGAUGUGAUCCAUUAUUGUUUACUGCAUAUGAAUUUUAAUCAGAUAGCUUUGUUUGAACUCACAAAUGGUUCAUUUGUAUUCCAACUUCUCCAGAAUAUUUGUGUUUUAUACUAUUUUGUUUUGAUUGUGAACUAAAAUGGUAUGUACAAUAUGUGUAUAGUGUAUUAUUUAUUUCUGAAGUAUGAAAAUUGUUCGCAUUUUCUAUUUAGAUAAUUCAAAUCAAUUCUAGUGGAAUCACCAAAAUACCAACUUUGUCUGUUUGUGUAACAGACAAAGUUAGGGGUCACAUUAACAAGUUGAUAAGGAAAAUCAUUAGAACAGGUACAUGCAUGUGCAUGACUGUAGUCUAGUUUAGAUUAUGUCAGUUAUAAUGGAGUAGCCUCAUUUCAGAGACAAUCUCACAUUCUAUAUUGUGAAAUAUUUUCAGACAUCCAUGUUUUUUUCUGAUUCAAAUAGCAUUUUCGAGAGGGAUGUACUAUUGUAGGCAUUUCUCUCUCUCUACCUAUCUAUCUCCUCUCUGACCCCCCCCCCCCCCCCCCCCUCUCUCUCUCUCUCUCUCUCUCUCUCUCUCUCUUUCUCUCUAUCACACACAUGUCAAUAAAUCAGAUAUUGGCUUGAUAUUUUGUGUAGAGGUAUUCCAUUGUACUCAUAAUUUCAUCGCACUUUACUGCAAUGCAUACAUGCUUAUCUGUAUACAUAGGAUUUUCAUAAGCUCAUAAUUCACUUUGCUCACUAACUUUUUUGGAAAGGGGACCGGGAUUGAACUUUUUUAAUGGGCUGUAUUAGAUGCAUGAGCCUAGUGUGAACAUUUUAAAAUGUUGGGGGCCAGGCUUGGAUUUUGGACUCACAUGUGUCUUGGGCACCUGUUAUUGUCGAGCCCUGUGCCGAGUGAAGGGGACCUAAUGGGGGAAAAGAGGAAGAUGAAUUCUCCCCUGCUGUGGUACACGUAGGCCUACUUUCAAGGAUAUUAAUAUAUCAGUGAAUGCUCUCAGUCUGCAAAAUUGAUAAAGUUCUCCUUAGCUGCAAGAUGAAGGGCAAACAGAUAUCUGAUGAGAAGCAGGUGUAUACAAAAUGUGAUUCAGCUCUCUCUCUCUCUCCUUUUUUUUUUGGGGGGGGGUGCAGGAAGGGAGUGAUUAAAUUAUAUGACAUUAAACUGCAAUUACUUCCAAAUUGAAACUCUUGUGUAUUUAUAAUUCAACUGUGAAUAAAUGUAUUUGCAUUGUAGAAAGUUAUUGAAAGAUAGUGAAUGAACUGAGCUGAUAGACAUUGUACAUGUGUAAUAAACACUGCAAUUUAUGCAUAACAUUAUAUUGUU